AUGAAAAGCAGUCUGUGCCUAUCGUGGAUGGAUACUCGAUAUCAGAAAGGAGUUACGAGUGCGUUGCCAGUAUUUUGGAGGGGAAGCGUGGAUAUGAGACACACGGCGAAAAAUAACGCAAGUGUUGUUUUAAGUCGGUUUUCUGUGAGAUUGGUACGACUUCAGUUACAGCUCACACAACACAUUCGUGUAAAUUGUAGAAGCAUUUAA